AAUCUCAAUUCAAAUGAAUUGUUUUCCACAAACAGUUAAUUAUUUUGUAGGCCUGUGCUGCCUAUUAUUGUGUUAUACGGCACUGGUAGCUAAUGGCCAACAAUCGCAACGUUUAGUAUGCUAUUGGCUACACGGUAAUGGCCCGGUAGGUAAUCUGGACCCCCAGUCAUGUACGCACAUACAUUACUCGUUUUUGACAUUGGACCCGGACCAACUGGUCAUGCGGUUUGGUAGUCCCGGUGAAAUACAGGGCGAUCUCAAACAGCUACUGGGGUUGAAAGCCCAGUACCCGCAACUGAAAAUAGUGGCCGCACUGGGCGGCGGUGGUGACGGCGGUGACGGAAAGUAUGGCCGUAUGGUUACCAAUCAGCAGUCCAGAGCCCGGUUUGUUAGGGAAGCGGUUAAGUUGCUUCUGGAGCACGGGUUGGAUGGUCUGGAUUUUGAUUGGGAAUAUCCGGCCUGUCCUCAGACAGUAUGCGAUGAUAAACAUGCGGCCGAAAAGCCAGCCUUUGCUCAGACACUUAAGGAACUGCGGGCCGCGUUUGACUCGAGUGGUCGCCAACUGAGUCUAUCGGUAGCGGUAAAUGCCGGCCGAUGGCUGACCGAUAAAGCCUACGACUAUCCGACAAUGGCCAGUGCCUGCGACUAUAUUAACGUUAUGACCUACGAUAACGCUGGCAGUUGGUCGACAGCGACUGGCCAUCACUCGGGUUUUGAUUGGAGUAAACAGGGUCUACAAAUGUGGUCCUCGCAGGGCAUACCAAAACAAAAACUACUACUGGGUGUCCCAUUCUAUGGUAUAGCAUUUCAAUUGAAAAACUCGGGCCAACAUGGCCUGAAUGCACCCAUUCAGGGACCGGCCGGUGCCCUAACCUAUCGCCAGGUUUGUCAAGAUAUCAGACAACAACAUUGGAUACCUGAGCGCUCCGCGGAUGGUCCUAUUGCCUAUCAUGGACUGGAUUGGGUCGGCUAUGAUGACCCGACCAGUGCUUAUAAUAAAGCCAAAUGGGUUCGCGAUAACGGUUUCGGCGGUAUAUUGGUCUGGGAGGUCAGUCAGGAUGAUAUCCGGGGUGAAUGUUGUACUAAACAACCGAAACCGAUGAUCCGGGCACUGGCCUACGGUUUGUUUGGUAAAGGUUCAGAUCCAUCAACUUAUGGCUGUCCAUAAAAUUGAAAUUAUUGUUGAAA